AUGGAGAGCGACUUAGAAAGAAAUACAAAGUCCGGAAUUGAUCACCGGCGGUACGGCAGAUUGCCACCGCUAAGGGUGGCUCUCUUGUUCGGCGCAACAGUUGUCGCCUGCCUCCUUUUUUACCAUUCGUCGGACCCUAUCAAAACGUUGUUAAAUUUCUCCGUUUCCACCUCCACCUCGUCUUCUACGGCCACGCCGACCGUAAAUGUUGUUUCUCCUCUUCCUCCUCCGCCUCCGGUAAAAGAAGAGUCCAAGCUGGAAAGAGUCUUAAAACAUGCAGCAAUGGAUGACAAAAAGACAGUUAUCAUAACUACCCUAAAUGGGGCUUGGGCAGCUCCGAACGCAGUGUUUGACGUGUUUCUAGAGAGCUUUCGAAUAGGGAACCAAACCGAAAAACUUGUGGAUCAUUUGGUGGUGGUGGCUUUGGAUCAAAAGGCCUAUUUACGAUGUUUGGCUCUUCAUCCUCAUUGUUACGAUCUCACAUCAGCUAACAAAACCGAUCUAUCUAAUGAUGCCUACUUCAUGACUCCAAACUACUUGGACAUGAUGUGGAGGAGAAUUGAGUUCCUACAUAAUGUCCUAGAGUUGGGAUACAACUUUGUUUUUACGGAUGUGGAUAUAGUGUGGUUUCGCAAUCCAUUUCCAAGGUUCUACCCGGAUGCCGAAUUCCAGAUAGCGUGCGAUUAUUAUGGAGGGAAUCCCUUAGAUAUGGAUAAUUGGCCCAACGGAGGUUUCAACUACGUUAAGUCGAGUAACAGCACGGUUGAGUUCUACAAGUUUUGGUAUGAAUCAAGAAUAACAUACCCCGGUUUGCAUGAUCAAGACGUGUUCAAUCAAAUAAAGCGCGAUCCGAAGCUGACGGAGAUAGGUUUGACAUUCAAGUUCUUGGAUACUAAUUUCUUUGGCGGGUUUUGUCAACCUAGUAGAGACUUCAAUUCUGUUUGCACAAUGCAUGCAAAUUGUUGCCUUGGAUUGGAUAGUAAAGUUAAUGACCUAAAGGUUUUGCUUGAGGACUGGAAAAAAUAUAUGAUAUUGCCAUCAGAAGCAAGGGCUUGGAGCAUUCCUCAGAAAUGCAGGUAUAUCAAUCCAGUGUAUCAUCCUCCAGUUACACCAGAUGAGCAUGUCCAUGAAGGAGAAGGAGAUAAAAAUUGA